AUGUGCGAUAUUAUGCCAACAAUUACCGAGGAUGGCAAUUCAAGCCAAGGUGAUAGGGAUUCACAAGUCAGUGCAGAGGGAAAUACUGUUGAAGAUAUGCUAUUGAGUAUAUUGGACGAGCGUGAUCGUUUAAUGGAGAACUUCCAAGAAGCUCAAGAACAGCUUAAUUAUUCUCAGAAUCGUCUCAGCGAACUUGAGCGUGAAAAGGAUUGUCUAUCGCGUCAACUUCGUGAAAAGAUACCUGAGGAUAUCGCCGUAUUAGCCAAGGAUGUUCAAUUCUAUCGUGAUCAGUUAAUGGAACGUGAGGAUGAAAUCCAAGAGCUAAAGGCCGAACGAAAUAAUACUCGACUGCUAUUGGAACACCUGGAGUGUCUGGUAGCUCGACACGAGCGUUCUCUACGAAUGACAGUGGUAAAACGCCAAAUGUCCAGUCCAGGAGGUGUUAGUUCAGAAGUCGAAGUACUCAAGGCCCUGAAAUCCCUCUUUGAGCACCACAAAGCCAUGGACACUCGUCUUAGAGAACGAUUACGUGCUGCCCUAGAACGAGCCGCUCAACUUGAAGAAGAGGUUCGAUCUUCUGCCACGGAUCGAGCAUCUCUUCGGGAACAAUUAGCUGCGGCUCUCGCUAAUAUUGCUGCUAGCACCGGUGAUUUUGAGAUUGGAAAUUAG